GCUUCGUGUUUCGGAGUUCACGGUCAAUGGACUUCACUCUUCAGUAGUGUUUUCUGAUACUGUCCCUAAAACCUACUAGGUUUCGCACAUGAGAAGUUGAUCAGUACAUCACACAAAACCCAAAUAUUGACUUUGCAAGUUGCAAAAUGAAAGCUUGAGCCAAGCCUUCACUCACUCAUAUUCACUCAUAGUAUUUAUUUCUCUGCAGCAUUUCAUUUAUAUUCAUUAUUCACACCUACCUGUUCGGUUCCGAUCUCAAAUUUACUUCCAACACUACACCAUGAAACCUUACUACCUUCUUCACCUUAUGCCUUACUACAAUUCCAAUUCCUUCUCAAUCCCAUUUCUCAAAUCUCUCUCUUUUCUUCUUUUCUACGCUGCGGCAUUUUGUUCUUCUUCAUCUCAAACACCGACACUUGUUUUGCCACUCAAAACUCAGAUAAUUCCAACUGGGUCCAUUCCUAGGCCUCCAAACAAGCUUCCUUUCCACCACAACGUGAGCCUCACUGUCUCUCUCACUGUUGGGACUCCUCCUCAAAACGUUUCCAUGGUCAUCGACACAGGAAGCGAGCUCUCCUGGCUUCACUGCAACAAAACUCCAAACUUUCCCACCACUUUCGACCCGGCCCGAUCUACCUCUUACUCUCCGAUACCGUGUUCCUCACCCACAUGCACGACCCAGACCCAGGAUUUCCCGAUACCCGCUUCAUGCGACAACAACAACCUCUGCCACGCAACUCUCUCCUACGCUGACGCGUCCUCCUCAGAAGGAAACCUCGCCUCCGAUACGUUCUAUUUCGGAAGCUCCGAUAUUCCGGGCAUGGUGUUUGGCUGCAUGGAUUCAAGCUUCAGCUCCAACUCCGACGAAGAUUCCAAGAGCACCGGGUUAAUGGGUAUGAACCGUGGGUCCCUCUCUUUCGUUUCUCAAAUGCGUUUUCCGAAAUUUUCGUAUUGCAUAUCGGGGUCCGAUUUUUCGGGCCUUUUGUUGCUCGGCGAGGCCAAUUUUUCGUGGUUGACUCCGUUAAACUACACGCCGUUGAUCCAAAUCUCAACGCCGUUACCGUACUUUGACCGAGUCGCUUAUACGGUGCAGCUUGAAGGAAUUAAAGUUUCGGAUAAGUUGCUAUCGUUACCGAAAUCUGUAUUUGUACCGGACCAUACCGGGGCGGGUCAGACCAUGGUAGACUCUGGGACCCAGUUCACGUUCUUACUGGGUCCGGUUUACACCGCAUUAAGGAACGAGUUCUUGAACCGAACCGCAGGGAUUUUGCGGGUCUUGGAGGAUCCGAAUUUUGUGUUCCAAGGAGCUAUGGAUUUGUGUUACCGGGUCCCACUGAAUCAACCGAAAUUACCACGAUUACCAACUGUGACUUUAAUGUUUCGGGGGGCCGAAAUGACUGUAUCGGGCGAUUGGAUCUUGUACCGGGUACCGGGUCAAGUAAGAGGGAGUGAUUCAGUGCAUUGCUUGACCUUUGGGAACUCUGAUUUAUUGGGUGUGGAGGCCUUUGUGAUUGGUCAUCAUCAUCAGCAAAAUGUGUGGAUGGAAUUUGAUCUUGAAAAGUCUAGGAUUGGUUUGGCCCAAAUGAGAUGUGAUUUGGCGGGUCAGAGAUUUAGUGUGGGACAGUAGGUCCCACGGUCUUAGAGCUAGUUUCCUUAACAAAGCUUUCUGAUUGGACUGAUCAAUCUUUUAUACAUAUGCUAUGUUUUUUUCUUGGGCUAAAGUUGUAUACAUAUGCUUUUCUUUUUUCUUUUU